AUGGCGUCCUGUCAAGCGUCAGCACCAUCGUUCUCCACUCCUCCUCCAGUCGUCCCGAUUUCUUGUCCAGGGGUCGAGCCAUUGGAAACUUUGCAUCUUGGCUACGAUCCUCAAGCUUCGUCCUCAGAGUUGGCUGGCCUGGAGCAACAAGUUGUCUUCGCCAUUGAUCAUGUUCUCUGGCGCAUACCUACAUUCGUUCCCUUGAAAACUCCCAGCAGCGACUACGCAGACAUAAGAUUGCCGAGGUGCACGAACACCCUUCGUAAUAGCCCCAUACAAAACAACACUCGUUCGGAAAUUAAAUUACCAGAUUCGCAGGCGGUAUCACUCAACCAGUUCCGAGGGCAAUCCGGUUACAACUUUGUCAAUGAGACCACACAACAAGAAAUUCGCUCGUUAACAUUGUCGUCCAAUGCCCACAUUCUGAACAUGACCGCGAUCGCCUCGAGUAUCCCAGGAUCACCCCCCGAUUUAUCUGGCUCCCGAUCCUCUAAAUCCUCUUCAUACUCAUCUACGUUGUCGAAUCCGGACGAGUUGGAACCUGACUCAAUAAUCAACUAUGAAGAGAUUGGGCUAGAAGAUGACAACGAGCCUUCUCAGCUGACCUACCAUUCAAGAGACAUUUCUGUGCAGUCUUUUGCAUCGAACCAUGAAUUGAUGAAGUCCAGAGAGUCAGUGUCGGGAGACAAGCGGCAUGCGCUUCCGCAACUACAAACGCAAUUGGCAUCCCACAGGAGGCAGGAGUCGACAACACCAAGGGCCAUUCCACCAAGGAUGCUGACGACAAAGCGCGCAUUUACCAGCACAGAGAACUUCUUCCCGCCCACCAACCGGACAAGAUCCUCCUCACCACCACAGAGGAGGGCGCUCGCCAAUAUCUCCAAUACUGCCCUCAGCGCCGGUGGCCUCCGACCCCUUCCCCAUUCAUCUGCCUCAAGUCUAGGACUUCCCUCAAGACGUGCCUCUUGGCAGCCACAGAGAAGGACUGUCAAAGAGUUGGAAGCAGAAUGCAAUGAUUCGGACGACGAACUGCCUGACGACGCGAGUCUCUGGAAUGUGCCAGUGUCACCACAUCUCUCGGGUCAAAGAUCGCAUCGAUCGAGUUUCCGUGGCAGCCCGGAAAGAGAGCUCCAAUCUUCCAGUCCACGCCCUAUUCCUUUGGAUCAUGCGAAAACCGCCCCAGAGUCCCCACCCCGUUCGACUAUGCAUUCUCAAAUCACUCCCAAAAACAGACAAUCAGCAUCGCGCUCAAGCUCCUUGACUCCCUCAGCCUCCAGUCCUUCGUCACCACGUAGGGCCAACAACCUCCGCAACAAUGGAAGGACAAAAUCAUGGAAUCUUGCCAUGGCAGGUCUCAGUGAGGAGGCAAGGAUCAUCUCGGAGACUCUGGAAUACCAUGCCGAAGCUCAGCAGCAGGCACGGCUCGAAAACCUUGGCAAUGACUCUUCGAGAGAAAGCUUGGAAACCUUCCCAGACGGCAAAUCGACACGAAGUUCUAGUAUUCAGUUACCACCAAUUCAGAAAAGUGCCUUGGAUUUCAUGCCCAUGUCAAAGGAGAAAGAGUCCAUUCUGUCUCGCACAAGACCUUCGUGGCUACCACCAAAAGAUCCGAAAGAAGAACGACGACAUCUGAAGGAGUAUCAACGGAUGAUGGCGGCAUCCGUUGCAGCUGAGAAGAAACGUCGCGCAAAGCUGCAGGUUCAGCAGUGCGCGAAGGAUGAUACUAGGGAAUCACUGAAUCGAAUCUGGCAGUAUUAUAUCGAAGAAAGCACGGAUCUUGCAACGAUUGACAAUCGGGUUAAUGAUCUCUGUUGGCGUGGCAUUAGUCCCAACGUUCGUGGCAAAGUGUGGCAGAGGAAGAUAGGGAAUCCUCUUUCGCUCACCUUGAAGAGCUACGAAAAGGCAUUGCAACGAGCGAAGGAGAUCAGAAACCUGCCUAGCGAACAACUUGACCACAGCUCUAGGAGCAUGGGACGCUGGUUUGUCGAUAUCGAAAGAGAUGCCGAGACGGCCUUCCCUGAGCUCAAACUCUUCCAGAAGGACGGCCCACUCUGGCAAGAUCUGAUCGAUGUUUGCGAAGCAUACGCUUGCUAUCGAAGCGAUGUGGGAUAUAUCUAUGGGAUUCAACUAAUUGCGGCGUUGCUUCUGUUACAACUACCAACUCCUGCAGAUGCUUUCAUUCUGUUGGCGAAUUGUCUCAACAGACCGAUACCUCUCGGAUUUCAGACCAACGACAUGACCACGACUGGACGAACUUAUAAUCACGCAAUCUCGACGCUGGGGAUCAAGUUCCCUCGUCUUCACGAAUACCUUUUUGGUUCGAUGGAGCAAGGUGGCCUAGGCUUCCGGGGGGAAGAGGUUUUUGAACCCAUGUUUCGCACCAUAUUUUCCAACGGGCUGGAUGUUGACCGACUUUGUCGCAUCUGGGAUAUUUGGAUUUUCGAAGGUGACCGCGCCCUUGUUCGAGCUGCCGUCGCCGUGUUGGGAAGUCUCCAGUCCCAGUUGUUUGACAUUCGAGGCGAUGUCGACUUGAAAAGGCGUAACAUUCAAGAGAUGCUUGGAUGGGGACCCUUCAACCGACAACCCAAGUCCGGUCAUUGGAAUCUACACACUCUAGGAGACGAAGAGAGGUUCGUCGAAGAAAUACGUCUCGCCGGUGUUCUGGAUUAUACUGGCAAGUGA